AUGGUUUCCACCAUUCUUGAGGUGAGCUGCAGCCUCCUUGCCUGGCUCUCCCUGUAUGCUGCCCUCCGCUCCUGGAACAAGCAGCGUUCCUACGAGUGGAGCUGCCGUUUGGUCACCCUGUUGCAUGGCGUGAUCGUCACCUGCCUCUCGGGUUACAGCGCUCUCUUUGAUGGCCCCUGGCCUCUAACCCAUGCAGGUUCACCAAACACAUCUCUUCAGACUCAUGUGCUGUCCCUGACUUUGGGUUACUUUAUCUUUGACCUGGGCUGGUGCCUGUAUUUCCAGACAGAGGGGGACCUGAUGCUGCUCCAUCACACGCUGAGCAUCUGUGGCAUGAUCAUGGUGCUGGGGCUUGGCAAGUCUGCUACAGAAGUCAAUGCUGUUGUAUUUGUUAGCGAGAUCACCAACCCGCUGCUGCAGACCCGGUGGUUUCUGCGGGAAAUGGGACGUUACCACAGUAUUCUGGGAGAGGUGGUGGAUUUUGUCUUUGUCUUCCUCUUCCUGGUACUACGAAUCGUGGGAGGAGCUGUGAUCAUGUACGCAAUGGUGACUUCUCCUCAUCCCAUCUGGCUCCUCAAGGCUGGAGGCCUGGCUAUGUACAUCGUGUCUUUGGGAUUCAUGUUUGAAAUCUGCAGCUUUGUUAGGAGGAAAAUACUGAAAAAAUGCAAUUCCUGGAAAAGCAGGAGGAGUAUGGAUGCACCCGAGAGAACUAAUGGGCACUUGGCAACUCAUUAACUGUGUUUGUGGAAGACCAUCCUUUGGGAGAGGGUCCUGCCUAUUGAAGCUCAUUGCUGUG